AUGGCACACUGCCCCAAAAAUGAAUACUUUGAUAAUUUGCUGCUCUCCUGUAAGCCUUGUCAUCUUCGAUGUUCUAGUACACCACCUUCAUGUGAAAACUACUGUGAUAAGAGUACUGAUUCAAAUGGAGUUCUUUGGAUUUGUUUGGGCUUAGGAGUAAUUUUAAUGCUCACUCUGUUUACUUUAAUGGUCUUGUUUAAAUGGAAGCACCUAAAGCAACUAAAAGAAAAACUGAAAAACACAGACUCUUCUGUGGAGCUGAGUAAUAUUCCCAAGGCUAAUACUGAAAGCAGUGUGGAUACAGAAGGAAUUAGACACUCAAUUCAAAGUGAAACAUUAACAUAUUCAGUGGAAGAAUGCACUUGCAGUGACUGUGGCUUGGUAAAACCUCAGACUGGCUGUGAAACUUCAUUUCCAUUACCAGCUACAGAAGAAGGAACUACUGUUCUAGUUACCACAAAAUCUUUUGAUUAUUCCAACUAUAUUCUGGGUACUGGUUGA